UCCUUAGCCCGUUCUCAUUCGACAUGACCCGGCCGCACGCUACGGGCACUUCCUUCGUCGGUGACGCGACUCAUCUGUUCUCGGCCAACCUCAGCAACACGAGUCUCCUACGAUUCGUCUCCCUUCACGACUGUUUCGAUGCCGGAAUCAACAUCGCUGGAGCAGGGAGACAGGACUGAGGCGAGCGGAAUGCAACCUCUGGGUGAGUUCCAUAGAUACUAUCCUCCCCUCUCGCCUCCAGCUCGGCCGAGCGAAGUCCGUCACUCCUCGACGUCCGCGCCCGCUCAAACAAUCUCCACACCUAAGAGUGAAUCAAGUCCUCGGAGGCGUGAUCCACCGCCUCAUCUCUCUCAACCGGAACCUCGCCGCGACGUGAGCUUUACCUCGCUCUCGGCGAAUCCGAGUUGCAACACGGGUAACGACAGUUCGAAUAGCGCUAUCCCGGGCGGUUGGGCCGCGACCCUCUCACAGGUUCCCGCCUGGCCUCCCUCCAGGUCGAACUCGUCGGCUACUCGCGUUCGGCGUCGCGACCACUUGUUCGAACCGUCGCCUAGCGUGCCCCCUCCAGUCGCUACGUCUACACCUUGGCGCCUGACUGUUGGAUCGUCUCCUCCUUUGAGUUCCGCACCUCUGGCUUCUUCGUCCGAGGUCCGGCAGGCCGUCAAGGAAGCUGUCGACAAGACGCACCUUCAAGAUCUCCUAGACGGGCCGGAGAAGUUCCUCCCUCACAUCCGCCGACCUGACGAAGCGCAGGCUCUGUUCAACGAACUAAACGCUCCCGAUGCCACCGGAAAAUACAAGACGUUGUUCGAAGAAUCCGCUUCCUUCACCGGCGAUGACUUGGAAGCUUCCUCAAUCGUCGAGUCUCAGGGUCCGGAGGGCAGGGCGACCCGGUUUCGCCUCUCCGCCGAAGCCACUCUUCGUCAGAUGGUCUGUUCAUUCUCCUCGAUCCGCGUCCAUUAGCUACAUAUUACUGUACAUUGCAAUCGAUUGCUGUCAUUGCACAGAGAAUGUCCUUAUUCUCGCGCAAUCCACGUUCAUCCGAAUAUAAUGACAUUUAUUUCCAU